CGAGCGCUCGGCAACAACAACAAUAGCAAAAAAUUGCCUCAGCUGUGUGUUCACUGUGCAAGGGUCGCUAGCUGACGGAAGGCUUUGUUGUGGCACCUACUGGCGUUAUUUUACGACUACUAAAUGCAUUGCAAGUCCUCCUGCUGACCAGUGUCGUCGCCUGCCAUCGCAAGGAACACCAUUUUGACAAGGGUAGACCUCUGAAAAGUCAUAGAAUACAUUGUGCAUCCUGAGUCAUGUUGAGCGGCAUUGCCAGCUAUUUUCUCAAUGCCCCGCCUACUCCGACACCUGAAGAUGAUGUCAACUACCGAACCAUGGAGGCUGAGGAUGACUGGUUGCUGGUUGAUGUCACAGAUGAGGAUAGUCCACAGCUGGAAGCACCAUGUGAGCGACCACGCAGCCUUCCCACAACCUUGCACGUGGCUGUGGUGGACUCUUCUCAGGAGGCUACGCCACCAUCGAGUCCCUGUCCCAUGGACGGAAGCUGGUAUGUGACACCUCCGCCGUGCUUUGUGGCACGGCGGCCGGUGCACUUGGAGACGUCCCCUCUGGAGAACCUACUCAUUGAGCACCCAAGCAUGAGUGUGUAUGGACCACCAUGUCUGCGGGGUGCACCACUGACUCCCCCGCCUUCCCCACCACCCAGCACUGCAGCCCCGGCCAGCCGCGCCCUGCCUGGUCCCAGGCCGGCCGCACUGGCUGCCAGAGUGGGUUGGCUGGAGCAGCUACGGCCAAGUCAGCGAAGCCAAGUGCAGCGAGAACAGCGACAGUUGGGUCGAGGCCAACUAGAGCGGCAGAACCGCACAGUGCAAACUGGCAACCGACAUCCCAAACGCCGUGAUCGUACUGCCGCACGCCGCUCAGGAGCAAACAACAACCGCAAGUGCUAACUUGCCAUUACUGCAAAGAGACUAUGCUUUUGGUACUUGCACGACCGGAGGAAGAAAACAAGAGGACAAAUGUGGUGGGGAUUAUUGGGGCUUACGAAAUCUACAGUUUCUACUCUGGCCUGCCUAAAAGAAAAAGAUCCAGUAGAGUGUUGUGGCCAGGAGCAGGCUCUGUGCAUGUCACAGGCUCUAUGCGCACAGUGCAGCUUCAGAUCUGUAUCAUGUUGGAGAUGUUAACUUCAAAGUGAGCACAUGGAUUGAUCUGUCAGUGCAAGAAAAGAAAGUCAUUUUUAGAAAGUUAAGGAAAGUAUGUUUGACUGAAAUAUUUACUAAGAAAACAUCACGGCAUUUAAACACUCUGCUUGAAAAUGGAAGCUUAUACUGUAUGUACUUAUAAACCUUCAUGUCAGAAGUUCCAGUGACCAGUUUCAUAAAUGGGAGAUAUUGGAAGGUCCCCAUAAGAUUAUUUUGUUCUUUGGAACCACUGUCUCUAGUAAACAGAAGUCUGACGAUCAUUAUUACAGUGCGUCUCCCAUAGUUGAACCAGGUCGGCACCAUGCCACAGCAAGAGGCAUGCAGUAUCCAGGCUAUGUUUACAAACAUGAACCAUUGUAGUGGGCUGUUCUUCUGUCUUCUCUCAUUUACUAAACCUCAUUUGUGUACAGGGCAAGAUACGUAUAGUGCACAGAUUGCACUUGACCACUUAUUGCAGAGCAAGAUCAUUGCUGUAGUUAUAACAUGUAACUUUCAUGUAACAUGUUAUUUUGUGUAACAGUGACUUUCAUUCACCUGAAGAAAAACUCUGAAGCAGAACAAUUUACUACAGCAAGUGUUUGGCAUUGCCUUAUAUAUGUUGUGGAUCUAAAGUAGGGUGCUUUAUGCUGUUUUAAUGGGAGACGCACAUCAAUUUCUUUUGCUCCUACUGUAAACCUGGGCUUAUUUUGCAAUUUGUAUUCGUGUAGUUUCUACAGUUGUUUCAAGUGUCAUCUAGUGUAUAAGGACAGAUUUUUGUGAACAUUUUUUUUUUCUUGCAGUAGUUCUUAGAAGAAUUAACAUAAACGUUUUUUUUUUUCAUUUGGUUUUUAUUUCUGUAAUGAGCGGUUGAUCAAGAAUUUUGUCUACGAAAUUUUAUUUAUUUAUUUUUGAGAACUUGGUAAUUACGAACACUUAAUUCCAAAGCCCUUCUGUAGAAUUCUUUUUUCUGACAACUUUAUAUUAGACGUGAUGAAAAUGCACAUCGGUGCCACAGAUACAAAGCUUCAUUAUAAUAUGACAAUAUUACUUGAGCAAAAGACUUGUGUGCAUUAUGUCAUUGCUGAUUCAUACUGCAAAAUGAGAAAACUGCAAUUUAAUGUCUGUGGGGAUGGUGAAAUGACACUGAAGGAUGCACAUUUCCUGCCAUUUUGUUAAAAUUUCACUAUUCACUAUCAUUUAGCAUCUAAAAGCAGGAUAUCUGAGCACAAGUUUUAAAACAAGGAAGGAAAAAAAAAGAAGCGGAAAAUACACUUGCUCAGACAGCUACGAUCUUUUUUCAGCACCUUCCCAUAUUUAAUUUGCAUUUGCCUUCAGACUACCUUGCUGCUUCUUAAGUAGAGAUUUGCAAGAGUAUCGUAUGCAGCUUCGAAUAACACAUGAAAGCGAGGAUCUCAGCAGGUAUCCCCUCCCCAGUUUUUCCAGCCUUGUUCUCUUCUCCUUGGUCCAUUUGAAUAUUGACCUCAUGCACAGAAGGAACCUUGAUGCUGCUUACUAAAAGCACUGCUAAUGGAUUAUCCACUCCUGCAUUUCAAAAAGUAAUCGAAGGUAAUGUGCAUAUGUUGAAGUGACAUUUUGAACUCUUCUUAAUGCACCACUCUAGUGCAAACAAUUUCAAACGAAUCUAAAGCAUCUGUGAGGCAGUGUCUCAAACAUUGGACCUGUAGAGGCAAGAAUCUGUACAUAUAUAAAUACCCAGAAAAACUGAUACUCUCACUGUAUAUAUAACAAGCUUUUUAUCAUGCCUCAAAGCAGAGCAGAGUGAGAUUGAGUUCUGCCAUUGUUGCAGUAUUUCCCACCUGCUAUACUGUUAGGAGUAUUUAUGGUGACUGGAUCACCUGGUCUGCUACGGAGAUGGGGAAAUAAAAAUCGGUAAAGCACCAAGUCAUCUGAAAGCUGUAAAAACCACAUUGAGAGCCAUCUUGCUCUCAUAUCCAGGGUGGCUGCAUACCCAUAGUUUGUUGCUAUUUGCACCAAAAUUUGCCUUGUUUUCUUAUAUUAGUGGGCUUGUACUUUCUCUAUAGUACUGAGCCUGUUGAGUGUAUAAAGUUAAAGAACCCAAAUGCAUGAGUUCCCUGCACCCCCACUUACCUGCCCACAGAAAAGAGAACUCAAAGAGCUUUAAAAAAAAGUGUAAAAGAAUAAACAUGAAAAAAAAGACACAUAUAUAAAUAAAAGCUUGGUAGUGCAUGCUGGUAUGUUGAACGUGCAAGAGAAAAAAAAAAUAACUUGGUGUUUUAGCUUUGUAACCUUGUGCACGUAGGUCGCAAGAAAUACAUAGCUAUAAAACAACAAAAAAAGACAUAAAAGCUCAAAAAUGCAUGGCAAAAGAAAAAAAAAGAAAAAAAAAAGAAAAGAAAGGCAUUAAAGAUUAUCAGUGUGAAGUAACUUUCAGGUGGCUUCCCCCCCCCCCUAAUAUAUAUAUAUAUAUUAUACAUAGUGUCUUAGCUGCUGGCUAACUAUUGUGGAUGUGUGUAGCGUGUGUAAAUAACCACGUAAAACUCUCUGUAUAAAUGCGUGUGUAUGCAUGCACGAGUGUAUGCCAGCUAUGAUGACUGCUUCAGAAAUGCCUUUACACUGCCAUCACAUAUGAUAACGAAACAGGACACCAGUGGUUUGCAAUGCAUACCAGAGGUAAAGGCUGGCAGUGCCAGAGUUUGUUUGUCCCACUAAGAGCAGCACUCUCUCUCUGAAAUUGCACUAUUUCCCCCCCUGCAAUUAACACUGUUCACAAAGUUGGGCACCUAAACAACUUUCUGCAUCGAUACUACUUUGGAGGUGCUGUGUGCAAACUGUCAGCAGCCAAGCUCUCUGAGCGCUAAAUCUGUGCUUUCCUCAUUUUACUAGCCUUACCGACUGUGUGAUUCUAGCUUACCUACUUGUGAACACUUGCUGCACAUUGUUGCUACAGUGCAGCUUUGUGACCUCUAACCUAUGUUUCCCAUACUAAAUCCAUAAAGCUAGUUAGUCAGCAAACCUGGAGCCUAUCUGUCACCAGCGCAUAAUCUCUGGAAUAAGGUGAAUGGUUGAACAAACAGGCUGUUCCACAUUGCUUUUGAGUUUGGAGUGCCUCUUCCCUUAUGACAAGCAUUCAAGCAGUCACAUGGUUUGGUUGUUGUGCAACAAGCCACAGCACCUUUGCACCUUCCUCACGAGUCCGUCCCUAUUAUGCAGAGCUUGCACAAAUAUAUGUAGAAACAAGAUUUUAAUAGUUCACUUUUGCUUUCUAGGUACUAUAACUGCACUCAUGAAAGUUUGAGUCUCCAGGGUAGAAUAUUCAGCUGGAUGUCUCCUCUGCUAAAAAUAAUUAAAAAAAAGCAGUCUGUUGCACCUAAAAAAUGUCAUCGCAUAGGCUUGCACAGUGCUUAAAAGAAGGCAGCUGCCCCUUGCAGCUGGCCCUUUCAACUGGCCAGAUGUCAGUGGAACUGAUGUCUCGCCUCAUGCAUGCUUGCCUGUCUGUCUCAAGAGGCAAGAGUUGUGGCUAUUGGCAUGGUAUAUUUUUGCCUCCAUACUGUGAAAAUGAUCCUGCAUAUUAUUUAUUUAACUGUGACAGAUAACAGAGCUUUUCUUAUGCUACUGAGCUACUCUUUAGUUAUCACGCUAUUAAUAGUCUAGCCUAAAAGAGAAAUGUGUGUAUCCAGGCUUGAGGAAAGCUUGACAAAUCUAAGAAUGUCUAAUGUGUCUUCCAGUUUUUCCAAUUUGGCAGUGGCCUUGAAUGCAUUUUAAUAUGGCCACACACCAAGGUACAGAGAUUUAAUGAAAAGCCUUAUUGAGACAGAUACUCUUGGGACAGAAUUAUCUACAUCAUCAUUAACACAACACAGGGUGGUCUUAAAUUAUUAGUUACUUUUACACUCACACUGAUGAUUUGGCUUUUGAGUUCGCAUAUCUUGGCCUACAAAAUAUGUAAAAUAGUGUAGUUAUGCUGCUAAUGUAAUGGUUAAUUUACGUGUCAUGCCUGCAGUUUUCCUUUCGAUAUAUUUAUAGAUAUAUAUAUUGUGCUUGUCUGACACACGACUAAUUCUGAAAGCCCAAUACACUUAUGGUUCAAAUGCAUUAAUAGUAUGUAGAAAUAUGUUGAAACUGGACAGCUGAUGUGUUAUAAAAUUAAAUUAAGGUUGGAUUAAUGUACGUUUUUUCCUGGUACGUUUCUUCCACACGCUGUACACAGGAUAUGAGCAGUUACACACCUCUUCCUUUUCCAUAGCUCAGCCUAAGUCAACUUUUAUGCACUACAGCCUUUCGAUUGCAGUGGUAACAAUGUCCAUCCCUUUGCCCAAAGGUGAAAUGGCCAUGCGACAUCCAUGUUGCAAGCGAUGUUGACGUCAUGCUUUUUAAUGGGAAACUACCAUGGUAAAAGAAAAAUGUACAGAAGCUGACCAUCUGAAAGAGGAACAUUAAAUAUACCGAUUUAAAUAUGCAUCCAAACUGCCAAAAAAAAAAAAAAAAAAGAAAAGUGAUUAACAACUGCCAGCUGGAGCGCAAGAUACAUGUGACUCGGCUAAACUGCUAGUUCAUUCACACUUAAAUUUCACACCAUUGUAAGGGGCCUGCACCCCCUCUCCCUCAAGACAUGCUGUGUUGGAACUUCUCACACACAAUUUCGUCACGCACGUAUGAUAAGUGCCUGUACAAUGUUGGCAGAAAUAUUUGGAGGCUUGAAAAUUUGAACACACAGUGACAAGUGCUAAUGAACGUCUUGGUUCUGUCCCUGCAAAUUCAUUGCAUGCUUCUCAUUGCAUGCCUUGGUGAGACAGGCGAGUAAUGCACACAAAUGUGGUACUCAGCGAUACCAUAUCUGUGUAAGUGCGGAAGAGCCAAUGGUUUAGCUGAGUUACCCACCCCUUGCGCUCGUAUUGACACAACGUGGUAUAUAUUAAAAUGCUCGUUUCCAUCGCACUUCAUCGCGAACACUGUAGAGUAUUUGUGAUCCCUCUACAUGUAUUCGAAGCUCAGUCCAUAAAAAAAAUAUACAUCUGUUGGCAAGUGCCGGCUUAUUCCAAGCACCUAAUAAUUCUAGCAGUACCUGUGGUAGAAUGUCAUUAGGAUCAUUGUAUGUGCAUACGUGUGAUUAGGCUUGUCAGCCAGAGCCUAGCAAUAUCAGCAGCCUAAGCUGCAUAUCCUCCGGUGAAAAGCUGUCUUUUGCAGCCAUGCUUUGCACCCAAACUCAGUCCAACCACCUUUCUUUAUUAUUAUUAUUAUUAUUAUUAUUGGUAUAGCAUACUCUAUUGACACCUUCCUGCUGUGAGAUGUGUGACUGCAUGUGUGAGCUCAGCAAUCCUUGGCUGUAUAUAUGUACAAAAGAACACAGCAGGAUGGAACCAAAAGUCUAGUCUAUGGCCCUACAGUGUGUAAAAACAAGCCCAUCAAGGAAAAUGUAAAUGUAAAAAAAAGAAAGGGGAGCUGUCCAGGGAGGGGGGGGGGGUGCAUGUAAAAUGUGUGUAUGUCUAUUUUAAAAUAAUCUCGCUUAAUUUGAGCGAUACUGACUUGAGAAACUGCACUUGCCUCAAAAUAUGAGCAAAACAGCUAGAAAAUGUUUGCAGCAAAGUCUGUGCGUAAAGCAAGUUCUCUAGUAUGUAUACUACGCUGGUUUCAUCAACAUCGAUGAAUCGAGCGCCUUGCAAAAAUUUAUCACUAGGUUGUGUGUCCGUAAAGCUUCUAAUAAUUUCUUAUACCAGAUGGAUAGUGCAGAGGUAAUAUGAGUUGCAGGCAUAUAUUGAAUUAGCCACACUUUCAGGGUGCACUUUUCUUUCUUUUUUGUUUUUUGGUUACCCUUUGGAACACUGGGCAAAGCGCAAUGUUGUUUUCACUCCCACCUAUUUUAUAGGUGGUCAUCCAAAUGCUAUAUAUUUUUGGCAUGUGAUUUUUGUGACAUCUUAUGUUAUUGCAUUUGAUUUAGAGUACUUCCUACUUCCGAGCACUAUCAUAACCUUUUUAAAAUAAUCUCAGUAAACGCCCUCGAGCUCACAGUAAAUUCUGUACUUCUCUAUGCCAUUAAUUAUAGAACGCCAGCAGUAAUUUCUUUCUGUGCUGAACUUUACCUAUGCAGACCUGAAGAAAAAGAAUAUUUACAAACUGCUAUGAUGGAAGGCUCAACUGUUAAUAAGUCGGUUUUCCAGCAGCUUAGGUUUUUGCUCUGUGAAUGACAGUAUGUAGUAUGUGACAGGUGUCCUACAUUGUAGCUACAAACGGAAAGCUUAUAAAGUGCACCAACUUUGAUUAGUGCAUUUCAUAGCUACUUCUGUGGCAUUUUUGUACCCGUGCUGUUUACAGUCUUUUAAAAGUUACUUUGGCUAAGCCUUUCUGUCAAGUUUUCAAUAGAUGCAUAUUAUUGAAAGCUCUGUUAUCAACUCAUGUGUUGUGCUGUCCACUAUUUGUUGUGCGCAUAGGUGCAGCAGAUGUACAACAAGAAAACCUACUUGUACAGAUUGAUCAUGCUUCACUGCUGAUGCACUUAGAAAGUGUACUCACUAUGCAUAUGUUGUGUGGUACUGUGUCACCGGAAUAUACCCAACGAAAAAUGUUUUAUAGUUUCUGCACUUCACAUUCACAACACCCAAGACAAAGAUACUGUGUGAUGAAACAAAUGUUAACCAUGAAAACUGUACGACUGUUAUUUAUAAAAUGAUGACCACUAUUCCAAUAGGCUAUUACUGUGUUUAGAUGCACCCUGAGGAAGAUGGGAAGAAGAAAGAAAUUAAAACUUUUAUUUAUGCCACA